AUGGACUGCUGCAAGUACGGAGAGUACCGCGCGCACGGGCAGUACGGCGCGGGCGCCGGCUGGGAGGGCUACGGCUCAUACGCGCCACUGCCCUAUGCGUCCUACGCACCCUAUGCGCACCACUACCACGCGGCGCACGCGCACGAUCCCUACGCGCGUUACUACCGCUAUGAAUACCCCACCCACCACGUGCACCACGCUGAUCAUGCCAUGCCUAUGGAUUACGGCGCAUACGCGUCGAAGGAGACGCGCGUGCGGCGAUCACUUGCACGGAGGGAUCAGCGUGCACAGACUCCAACGCAGCACCUACCUCUGCCCCCCACGCCACCACUAGAAUGUGGAUUGAACGGCCGGGGUCCUGUGUACUGCGAACCGCAGAUGUGGCCGCAUUAUCAGAUGGGUGUUAUGGGUGGCGGCGGCGGUGGCAGUGGUUGGAAUGGCGCUAACGCUGUCAACAGCGGGUGGGCACCGCGUAGUGCGUGCUCGCGUGACCGCAUGCGGUAUUCUGCCGAAUGUCGACCAAUGAAGAGCAUGCAUAGUCAAAAUCAAACGUGUCAGCCGGAUGGAAGAUCUACGCCCUAUACUGUUUACGAAGAUAUGCCUUUUAAUGAACGAGAACAUGGCGCGAGGCACAGAAAUACACCUGAGUUCACAUGUAGUGUGGCUCAGACUGAAACUUCACGUGGUGUGCGCGAUCGGUUUGAGCGCUUUUCUCUAGAGCCACGACGCUCUCCUCCUGAAGAGAAACGCCCGCCGCCCGUAGUUCCACUACCUGCCUUCCAACAAGCUUUUGGCUCCACUGAAAUUGGGAAAUUUGCCGAGGCGUUCAGUCGAACAGAAACAGCAGUAGACGACGACGCUGCUGAUAGUUUUUUGUACGAUUCAUAUCCUGACUGGGACGGUCCGAUCGAGCCUCAAUGGUCGUCGCAGCCUGCUUCUAGGGAGAUCAAAUGCGAAGACAACUUUUAA